AUAUAUAUAUAUAUAUAAAAAAAACAUGGCAGCGUCCGAGCCAGGCGGCCACGCCUUCCAGGAACAACAGGGUUUCAUCGACGACCAAUUCGACAUAUUCGACUGGUACCCGUAUUUCCAGUCCUGCGUCCGCUACUUCCUCGAGCACGCGCAGUUUGACGGACCGGUCCAGGCCCUAGCCGCCUACCUCAACAUCCAGCUCCCCUUCCAGAGAGCCCAGAACGCCCUCCUCCGAGCCUCUCCGAACCCGGGCGUACCGGGAGCACUGGGAGGGAUUCAGAUUCAGCACCCGGGACCGGGAGGCCGAUUAUCCCCGGCGGCGGCAGCGGCAGCGGCGGCAGGGGCCGGUUACCCACCGCAACCCCGUCAUCAUCAUCAUCGUGCUUGGCAAUACCAGAACAUCUCGCUGCACCCGUACAUCCGGCGCCUCGUGGCGACGGGAUUCGACGCGCCGGCCGUGCUGCACGGCUUCUUCGGCGACGACUGGGAGCUGGGCGUGCGCCCGCUGCACGAGCAGGAGCGCCGCAACUACCUGUUCGCCGCCAAGAGCGGCAGCUGGCUCGAGGUCAAGCGGGCGUACGACACGGCCCACGGCCCGGCGGCCGGCCCCUUCUCCUUCUUCCCGCCUUCCGCCGCCGCGGCGGUCCCGCCCUCGGCGCCCGUCUCGCCGCCGGCGCCGCCACCACCACCACCGCUUCACCCGUUCUCCUCGUCGUCGUGGGCGGCCGAGGAUGAGAGCGUGCCAUUCCUGCGGCCGCUGCGGAAUGUGACCGAGGCGGAAAUCGUCGCUGCCGAGGCGGGGUGGAGCGAGUGGUUGGCCAUGCAGGAUUGGAUGCUCGGCCCAAGGGCGAUUGGUGUCAGCAGGGGUGCCGGGACCUCUUCGGCUGGAUCAGGAGGUCCCGUGGGCAUCAAGAGGGAAGAGGACUAAUAAAGAAAGGGGGGGGCACGGAAUCAGAGAUGAACCUGCUGCG